AUGGACUCUCCAGUAUAUGGGUCUGUGCCUGCUACAACUAAUCAUGCAUCGUCCCAUCAUUUAUCUCCACUGGCAGCUUCUAUGCUAGCCAUAGGAGGCACCAUAGGAACAGGACUCUUCUUUUCUGUGGCCUCCAUCAUUCUGUUUGGCCCAUUUAUAGCAUUGGUGCUGAUGUUUUAUAUUGCAUUUCUAGUGGUGAUCAUCUUACAGAUCACCGCAGUAUUGGCGGUGUUUCUACCUGAAAACGGCCUGAUCUGUAAGUUUCAAUUCCUCUUCUUGGGGCCGCUGGUCGGCUUAGCAAACAAUCUCAUUUAUUGGAUCAGUUGGUGUCUCACCUAUGCGUUGGAGCUUUCCAUCAUCGUUUCCAUCUGCCGUUUUUGGAACACAGAAUGGGUAGAUAAUCACCAGACACUUCUAAUAUUGCUCAUAUGGUCGUCAUUGACCGCGUGCAACUUGUUGCCUGUGGAUGCUUAUGGCAAAAUCGAAUUCUGGAUCGCUCUCAUUAAGGUGGCUGCAAUAGUGGUUUGGAUUCUCAUAGUGGUUGUGUCAUUGGUUGCGGAUGGAAAUGUGUUUGGGGUAUGGACAAACGAUUUGCCAUGGUCGUUCUUUGGGGCCCACGUAUCAACGGCCAAUUAUUUUGUCAACUUUGUUAGCUGCCUCAUUCUCUCGUCUUUCAUCUUCCAAUCCGUGGAGUCGGUGGCUAUCACCACGGGAGAUGUCACACAGCCGCACGAGACCAUUCCCAAGGUUACCAGGUUGGUUUUUAUUCGAAUCGUGGUGUUCUAUUUGGCUGCGGUGUUGUUACUCACAUUGUUGGUUCCAUUUGACGAUAAAAACCUCCGAGAUCCUUCGUCACAGAACUUGCUCUCGUCACCUUUUCUUCUUGCUUUGCUCAAUUGUGGCUUCCAUGAUAACGGACUUCUCUUGCUGACCUUCAACUUUAUCAUUUUGUCGGCCAUUGUGUCUGCUGCAAACUCCAAUAUUUACUUCGGGUCUCGAUGCGUGGAGGCCAUUGCAGAGUCUGAGGCUGGUACCUCGUGGGUCCGUUAUCUUGCAGCGACUAACGCUGACAAUGUUCCUGUGAACGCAGUGUUGGUGACCUCUGCAUUUGGGCUCGUUGCAUUACUUUUGAAGUUCCAAUCCAUUAGUGUCCUCUUCAAUUUUCUCCUCACAUGCUGUGCCCUGGCAGGAAUGCUCAUGUGGUGUCUUCUUUGUCUCUCGUAUAUUAGGUUUUCGCAAGCUAUGAAAACACAGAAGGUGGAUGUUUCUCGCUUGAAAUUCAACACUUCAUGGAACCUCGACUUUUGGGCAUGGUUUGCCCUGGUGAACUUGGGAGUGAUUUUACUAUGCAAUGGACUUACAAACUAUUGGGAUUUUUCGUGGCUGAAAUUCUUGGGGUCCUACAUGACGCCAGUAUUAUUCAUACUGCUCUGGGGCUACUUUCAGUAUACUGGAUGGGGAAGCUUCGUACCACUUGACCGCAUUGAGCUCUGGAGGGGUAACCUCAAAGAUUGA